UGUCAGAACCGUCAUUGUGGUCAGCCCUAUGACUCUAUGACUAUGACCCAUGGAACUGCCAUAGAAUGCCACAGACAUGAUGAAUCAACCAUCUCGGCUCAGAAGGCAGCCAAAGUUAGCAUCAAGAACGCCAGGAUGCUCCUAUAUCGCGGCUGUACCGAGUUUUGGACAAGGCGCUUGGCCACCAGUUGCUGUCGCUGCAACGCCUCACUGCCAUACUAUGCAGAGGACAAGCUUUACCGGAGAAACAACAGGUCCUUGGUCCUAGAGCGAUUGGAUCCAUUGCCAAGGAACAAGCUGCCAGAUCCAAACAUGACAGAAGAGCAGAGAGCUAUGCAAAGAAUUGUUUGGAAUUGCAUGGACAAUCAGGACACCGCAGGUGUGCAAAAGUUGUGUCAAGAGAUCCCAGGCGAUGCAGGAGAAGAGUGGCAGCCAGUGCUCAGAAGUAUUGUGCAUUUCUUUUGUAAGACCUUGCAGUAUCGAGAGGCGCAUAUGAUGUUCCGACGCCUGCCAAUCCGCGACACGAUUGCAUACAACAUGAUGUUGCAGAUGCUGGCCAAGCUUCGGCAAACUCGUGAGUUUGAAAGAUAUUUGCAACAAAUGGACGAAGAGGAAGUGCCACGUUCUUCGAUUACAUCAUGUAUCAUUCUUUCUGCAUGCAAGGAGUCGUCUGACUGGCAAAAGGCGUUAGAUAUACUGAGCGAGCUGAAGACGACAUCUGAAGGGCAGCAUUCAACAAAUGUGCCUUAUUUGCUCGCGAUGACAGCCUGUGCCCGCGCGCGAGAAAAAGACACCGUGGCCAAACUUCUGGAAGAGAUGAAGGCGAAUCCUUCGGCAGAGGUUACAAGACCCUUGGAUGUGCAGCUGGCCUGGAGCUAUGCUGACCUAAACAGAGCUUACCGUAUUCCCCUUCAUGGUUUUGGCUUGGCCUUGUAAAGCAACUGUAGUGAAUGUUGUGUGCUUGCUAGACUGCGCGGCACAGUGCUUGGUUUCCUCAAGUUAGAUUCACAAACUGUAGUUAAGGAAGCCACUACAAUGCAAUGCUCGUUGCCUGUGGUACUGAUGUAGAAGGUGUCGUUUGGCUGCAGCUCAACCUUUUCACUUCUCACUUCACUCCUUCAUUGAGGCAGAUGAAGUUCUUUCCAAGCUUCUGUGGAGUGUGGAGGAGGCGGCGCGUCAAGCGACCAAACUUAGAAUGAACGCCUUUCGGCCCCAAUAGGCUGGACGGUUGCAAAGUGUUGCAACUCCCAAAUUAUGGCAAAACUCCUUUUUGUGCCCCAGCCUUUGCGGACCAAGGCUAAUGAGGUGGUUAAGAUGAUGAGAGCGGACGGCUUCACACUUUCACCACCUGACUGGCGGGUUUUGAUCUUAACCCACCGCGGAGACUUCCAGAGGCAACAGCAACUUUAUGAAGAGAUGAAGCAGAUAUGCCCGCAAGAGCCACCAGAGGAGACUUUAGCCAUCCUGCUUCGGUCAGCUGUGAUCGACGAAGACACAGGUGCAAGAGACUGGGUGCUGCAAGAAAUGGACCGAUGUGGCUGCAGCAUCGACUCCGAGCAGGCCCAAAGGGUACCCUCUCUCCGACGAGCCAUCUCCAAUUAUUAUCGGCAGCUCCAACCAGUGCAGGGGGCAUCAUCGCUGCCACCUGAGAAGCUAGCGCCAGAGCCACUUGGGCUGCCCAGCGGCUGGCAGUCCACUGUGGAUCGGAAUAGCGGCAGACCCUACUAUUGGCGAGUUGAUGACCCAACCAAUACAACCACCUGGACGCGACCAAGCUGAAACAACGUGCCCUACGGCUCUACAUGAUCGUUUAAUUUGCAUCAGGGCAAAAAAGGCCCUAGAGUGUCACAUAGUGCCAUGGUAUAAGACAUUCUAAGACUUUCGACCCCAACAGGCCAGCUGUAUUUCUGCUUGGGCAGUUGGCUUAGCUCCUUGUUUCUCACCGCGAGGAUGGGCGCAAAUAU